UUCUUAUAAGUAUUAUUUAUUUUCCAUUCAUUUUAAAAUCUUCUGAUUUUAAUUAAUCACCCGAACGUAAAAAUACUCAAAAUAUGCAUAGAUAUUUCUCCUCUUGCGAAUUCUCUGUGACAACACCGCGACCAUGGCAGAAAAGGAGCUGCUCAUACUCGAUGGUCACCUCUCAGAAUACAGCUACGUGGGUGGAUACCUGCCGACCCAGGCUGACUUUGCCCUCUUAAAAUCAGGCCGCAUUCCAUCCGAUCCCCCUCAUAGCCUUCCUGGUGUGAGACGCUGGGCUGCACAUAUGGCCAGUUUCUCAGCCAGUGAGCUUGAAGCUUUGCCCCAGCUGAAAGAUGGGUGUAAGAUUGAUGAGCAGUUGUCAAACCUUGUUAAGAAUAAUUUAAAUAUGGAGAAAAAGGAAUCACCCAAGAAUGCAGGGGAGCAGAAGAAAGGAACUCAAAAUAGUAAGGGAAAGAGUGGAAAAUUUGUCCUUAAAACCCCAAAAGGCACUAGGGAUUAUAACCCCUCUGAGAUGGCAGUAAGGAGAAAGGUGUUUAAUACUAUAUAUUCAGUGUUCCAUAUGCAUGGUGCAGUUGAAAUUGAGACCCCAGUAUUUGAACUGAAGGAUGUGCUUACUGGGAAAUAUGGAGAAGACUCAAAGCUCAUUUAUGACUUGGAGGACCAGGGUGGUGAGAUCCUUUCUCUGAGGUAUGACUUGACUGUGCCCUUCGCCCGCUAUGUUGCCAUGAACAAAAUCACAAACAUCAAGCGGUACCACGUUGCCAGAGUAUACCGCAGGGACAACCCAGCUAUGACCAGAGGUCGCUACAGAGAAUUCUACCAGUGUGAUUUCGACAUUGCUGGCCAGUAUGAGGCCAUGCUUCCGGAUGCCGAGUGUGUUCAGCUUGUCCACCAAGUUCUCUCCAAACUUGAUCUAGGGGAAUAUACUAUUAAG